AUGGCAGUUUCUAGCAGAGGCAAGCGGCGUGCAGCGCCUGUUGCCGCUGGUGGCGGGGGGGGUACUGGUGGAGGCGAAGGAGGAAGGACAGCAGCAGAGGCUGCUGCGCAAGCAGCAGCAGCAAGCGCAGCAGCAAGGAAACAACAACAACAACAGCAGCAGCAGCAGCAAAGCGGCUACUGCCUCACGCAUGCCAGCGGCGGCAGCAGCAGCAGCAGCAGACUACGACACUCCUCCAAGAGGCAGAGCAGCGAUAGCAGCAGCAGCAGCAGCAGCAGUAACAGCGAAACAACUGCACGCUGCAGCCGCUCAGCCUGCAGCAAGCGCAAAAGCCAGCUGUGGCUGUCUGCAGGCAUAGCGGGCCUGAUGUGCGUUGCCGCGGGAUUUUCCAUUUGUGUUGCUGGCGCCGUGCUGCAGCCUCUGCAGCAGGAUUUUCGUUUGUGUGGCUCGCAAUUUGCAUGCACGGAAAAGGGGGCUUUCGUCGCUGUCUUCGCGCCAGGAGCUGCGGUCGGGAGUCUGGUCGGCGGCUUCGUGGCAGAUGCAGUAGGACGAUGGCGUUCGCUCUUUUGGACUUCCCUUGCCUUCAUAGCCGCUACAGGCCUCACUGUCAUGAGCGCAACCUACGCUGCGGUGUUGGUGGGACGUUUUUUGCAGGGUGUCUUUUUGGCGGUGGGCGUUGUGGCCGCUUUUACGUUUGCAGCUGAAAUUGCCCCUGCAAAGCUCCGCGGAUCAUUUGUAGCUCUUCAAGAAGUCUUAAUUUGCACGGGUUGCUUCCUUCCGUAUGCUGUUGCGUGGGCGUUUCCUGAGCUGGGGUGGCGUGGUCUGGUGUCGAUGGCUGUUGUGUUUGUAGCCUUGUUGGCAUGCUGUCUGCCUUUAAUACCUGAGAGCCCACGGUUCUUGUUGCUCAAAGGCAAGAGGGAAGCGGCCGAAGUGGCGAUGAAGCGGCUGAAAUACGCCAUGCAGCAGCGGCAGCAGCUGCUGCAGAGUGUGCAGCAGCAGCCAGAUUUUCAUCAGCUCGACGCGCAACAGCAACAAAAGCAACAACAAGAAGAGCAACAACACCAAGAACAAAAAGAGCAACAGGAGAGUGCCGUGGUAGACGGCUGUGCAGAGUUGCAGACGGAAGCCAGUUUUUCGGGAGCUUGUGCUGAGCUUCGCGUGAGCCCGUUGCGGUGUAUACACGCGACAGCUAGCAAGGGAGGAGGAGCCUUACCAACAGCCACAAAGCCUUUUUACUGGCGUCGGUGGAAUGCGAAGGGGGUGUGGCAUGCUGUCUUGCUGGCGGGAGCUCUAGGGUGUGUGCACAGUCUCCUGGCAGUGAACAGCUUGAUUCUGUUGGCUCCUAAUGUCGUUCUCGUGUUUGGUAUUUGCGACAACAUGCCGCUUUCCUUUGGCAUUGGCCUUUCCAAGGGGUUCUGUGUUUUUUGCGCAGCAUCACGCGAUGACGAGGGCAGCUUUUGUCGUGCGCGACGGCCUGCUGGGCAAGGCCUUGCGAAGGCCCUUGGAUGGGUUGUGGCUGGAGUUUUCCAGCUCUUUGGAGAACGCGCGCUAGUCGAACUCGGCAUGGACGCUUGCCCCCCCUCCCACCGAGUUAGACCCACACGCGGAGUCUGUGGCUUGCAAUUGAGUGCGGAAGCGUUUUUCUGUUGUUUCCUGUGGCUUAUGGUGUGUGCAUGCGAAGUGUGUUUCUUCGCCUUUGCGCUUCUCUCGUUGGUCGCGCUCGCGUUUGCAUUCUUCUACAUUCCGGAGCUUAAUGGUGCUGAGCUUGCCGACUCCCCAAAGGCUCGUCGUGGGCAAAAGGCUGCUAUUUCCCUUCCCCCGCCUCUGCCUUCGCCGUCUGCCACGCAAGUCUCCCCUGCGCCCUCUCUCCAGCGUGCUACUGCUGCGUGA